UUGUAGUUCCCGGAGCGCGUGAGAAUUCCCUGAGAAACAGAAACACACAGCCAUGAGGGUCUUUUCGGCAAACUUACUUGCUUUGCUCUUUCUGUGCACUUGUGCCUGUGUACUGUAUGUCUGGAGCAGGUUGGAAAAUCGGUUGGAGAUACACAAACGGAAGGUUCAGGAACUUGGAUUCAAGAGCGUACAUGUCGAACGAUCUUCAGAUCUGUCUGCCAAAACUUUUCGGGCUCUUCUCGCUGUCCCAGCGGUACAAAAAUUGUACUUUUCAAACAGAAUCGACUUUCGCAAUGUUAGCGAUGGUAACCCCGUCACCUCUGCAAACAUACAUUAUAGUACGAGUGGAAGUGAAAUGAAGUCGACUGAAUCUGAGCCUGCUGACCAGAUUAUUGAGGACGGGAUUUUUUGGAGUGAAAGGAUUGAGCAUCAUCUUCCCGUAGCCUUCAGUGGCGAACAUGCUCGGGCGUGGAGGCACAAAGCUCUGGGCAGCCGCGUUGUCUCGCUAGAGCCGGGCUGCGGCAGGACUUCAAAUCAGCUUGCCACUUUUUCGGAUGGAACCAAAGCGUGCGUACGAUAUGGAAUAAAUGCUGACCAGGUGCAGGGAGAAACUUUGUCGUAUUACCUCGCCAGUUUACUUGGCAUUACAAACAUACCGCCGCUUGUACUCUCCGAGUUAGACGGUGAAAAUGAACAAUGGGCAUCUGUGAGGAGAAAAAUUGAUAGCUUGCAAUGGUCAGGGCGGGCGAUCGUCUCCCUAACAGAAUGGAUAGUAAACCUCACCGGAGUUGUUACACCCGAACCUCUCCGGCAAGAGAGUAUAGGGCUGCAUCCUUUUCAGGAGGAACUGGGGAACAAAACGAUGGCGGAACUGCUCGAGCUAAUGCAAUGGACCGACCUGAUCCUGUUCGACUACCUCACGGCGAACUUCGAUCGGCUCGUGAGUAACCUCUUCAGUCUGCAGUGGGACUCGCGAGUGAUGGAGAGAGAUACGAGUAACCUGCUCCGAACGCCUCGCGGGGACCUUGUUUUUAUUGACAACGAGGCAGGUUUGGUUCACGGUUAUCGGGUACUGGAUAUGUGGGAGAAGUAUCACAGUUCUGUGCUCGGUUCUGUGUGUCUGUUUCGGAGGAGAACGGCACAGCGCGUUAUUGACAUGCACAGAUCCAGAGACACGCGGACAAGACUUCUGCAGGUCUACCGGGACAAUGAGCCUUUGGCGGCUGAUUUAGGGUUCUUAUCCGAGGAGCACGCGAGGAUUCUACAAAACAGAGUAGACACGUUGUAUAAACACAUUCUCCGCUGUAAGGGGAAGUACAGUCAGUUGUAGAUAAUUAAUUUGGUUCAGUUUCGUGUAAACGCUGUUUUCGCAGGUCAAGAGGUAAAGAGACUUACGCAAAUAGAUCAGUGGUUGUCAGAG